CCCACAUCGAGCACUGACUGGACGCCAUCUUAUAGUUAUAGUCGACGGCGUCGGUUUGGAUUAGCGUCCGAUUAGAACAAACACGGUUCGUUAUUCCGGAUUUCACAUCGCUGUUGUCAGAUUGUGACUCUCCAAUUCAUUUUCCCACUUGUUUCCGUUUUCAAUAUUCGAAAACACCGAUGGCUUACAAUCGACGAAGUGGCGGUGGAUACGGCGGUUAUGGUAGCGGAGGCGGCGGUUAUGGUGGUGGUGGUGCAGCUGGUGGCCGAUACAACAACGGGGGUGGUUACCGAGCUGGAGGUGGCUCCGUUAAUCCUUGGCAAACUGGCUCUGGGUCCGGUCCGUUACCACGACAAGCACAAGGCGGGCAUCCUCCACCAGCUCAAUUAGCAAUGGCUAGUAACUUAAUCAGCAAAUUAUUAACAUCAUCAAAUUCCAUGUCGGGAGGUGGUUAUGGUGGACCAAAUCGAAGUGGAAAUUGGGGUAGUGGUCCUAGAAUGUCGCAUAUGGGGGGUAUGCGUCAUAGACAAGAAGGUCGCGGAGGAUUCAACAAAGAUAAUAGGCGUCGUGGUGGAGGGGAUCCACACAAUAGAUUUUCUGGUGGAGGCCGUAAAUCAGGCGGCGGUGGAGUGAAAGAUGGAGAUAAACGUAAAUCUGCAGGAAAAGUUAAUGAUGAAAACAAAAAAGGACAAAAUGAACGUGAGAGAACUAAGGAACAAUUGGAUGCCGACAAAAAAGCAUCUUAUGUUGGUGUUCCUUCGGCUGUACUUUAUUGUCAUGUAUGUUCUAAACAUAUGUGGGAUUCUGAGUCUUUUGAAAAACAUGUACGUGGAAGACCUCACGAAUUGAUGAUGAAUUACUUAGAUGAAGCGUACAGAAUGCGUGUUGAUUUUAUGAGACAUCAAAUAAAAGCUGUUGAAAACCAAAGAGAAAUUGAUUUGGAACGUGUGACUAACAACAAACAUAAAUCAAACAGUAAAAAUGCAGGAGGAAACUCUGGUUCUAAGCCACUUUUACGUAGCUAUUGCCCUAUGUGCGAUGUACGGUUUUAUGGACCACUAACUGGGCAUCGAAAAAGUGAUAGACACAGGAAACUUAAACAAUUUUUGCAUCCUGAAUGUAAGUUGUGUGAUGCCUUAUUCCAUACACGGCUUGAAAUGGAUGAACAUAAGCUUACUGCUGGACAUUUAAAGAAAAUGUCUGAAAUGCGCCACUUGGAACAUCCUCAUUUGAAAGAUGACGAAUUUGAUCUGAUUGACAUGAUUAAAAUUGAAGAAGAAGACCAGCAAGAUCAUGAUCAGAUGCCUGUUGCUAAAAAAUAUGAAAUGCUUGGUGAUCGUGACGCUACUAAAUUAAAAUUAGAGUUGGAAGGAGGAAGUGGAGAGAAACAUCAUCGUGGUGGGAAGAAAGGUGCGGCUAAUGCUGGAAAUAAGGUAGCUGCUGCUGAUACUCCAACUAAAACUAAUGAAAAAGAACAAGAAAAUAAAGAAAUAAAAGAAGAUAUGGAUACAUCAGAUGCUGUAGCUACAGAAAUAGAAUCAACUGAAGAAAAUGUGGCUGCCAAUCAAUCGAUAACAGAAAAUAAAGCUACUGACGAAUCUGUAACUAAUAAAGAAAACCAACCCGCUGCUUACGAUCCAAAGGUGGCCAUAGGAAAAGAAUUGUUAGUUCCUUCAAAAGGAUUUGUGUGUAGAUUGUGUAAUUGUUUUUUACUGGACGAGCAACGUGUUUCAAUCCAUUGCCAGACUGCGGCUCAUUAUAUCAAUUACACAACAAUGACUAAAAUGAAAGAAGCUACUUCAGGAAGUAAGAAACGAAAGAUUGAUGAGGUUGUUGAAAAAGAUGAUGAUGUCAAGGAAGUUGAGGAAGUUAAAAUAAAAGAUGAAGAUGUGAGUGCUGAUAACAGCAUAAAUGUUGAAUCUGAAAAUGCUGAAAAUGAUGAUUCUGAGGAUAGUAGAGCUGUUAAACGUAUUAAAUUGGAAGUUAAAGAAGAAGAUACUAUUGAAGAAACCACCACUGUAAUGGAAAUAACUGAAACACAAGUAACUAUCAAAGUUGAAGAAACUGAAAUUGAAGAUAAACCAGCUGAAACUGAAAAAGUCAUGCCAGCUGCAGUACCAAUAGUAACUCCAGAUACAAAGCCGGCAGUUUCAGCUCCAGUUACAAAGCCAGCUCCAGUUACAACACCAACUAGAGGACGUGGUGGUGGCAGAGGUCGUGGAGGAAGAGGUGGUGUAGCUAGACGUGGAGCACGGCGUUAAAUUUAUUACUUAUAAAGAAAAUCUAAUUAUUAUAAUAAAAAAAUUAUUUACUCCAUUUUAUUUUCAAAUAGU